GAUGUUAAAAAGGAGACAAAACGUCUUGUUCACUAUGGGGGUUUUUAUUUCCGAGUAAAUAACAAAAAAAAGUGUUCUGUCACAAUUUCGAGAAGAUAAUUAAAUCUUCAAAACUGGAGAUUCCGUUAGAAAGAAGAAAUGACAACUUGUUCAGCUCGUGGUUGUGCCAGUUCAAGUGCUUCAGGUGCUUCCUUUCAACACUUUCCAACCGAUCCAGUUAGAAGAAAAAUAUGGAAAACUGCAAUGAAUCGUCCAAAGUGGCGUCCGACCGAAUCAUCAGUAUUAUGUGACAUACACUUUGAAGAAGAUUCGUGGGAACGAGUUGACGGGACAAGAAAGCUGCGAGCAGAUGCCACUCCCACCUUAUAUCUAACCACCGGAAAAAGUAAAAGAGAAUUAAAUAAAAGCAAAAUGGCAAAAACAAAUUUGUUGAAAACAAAACGGGCUCGUCUCAUGAUGCGCAGGGCAAAGGAUUCCUUAAAACCCUACGUGGGAUCUUUAAACCAAGAUGACGAAGACUCGGACGAUCAGAGGAACUCUAAAGAGCAGGGUGAAGAUUUUAAUAAAGCAUCAACAUCUGCAAACAUUUCCGAUUCAAGUGCAAACGAAAACUCGACAGACGACGAUUCCGAUUACGAAAGAUUGCUGAGCAAACUGGAAAAUACGAAAAAGAGACUUGAGUCCAAAUUAAAAGCACAGAUAGUGAAACGCAAUCGUUUGCGAAGUCGUGUCAAGAAGGAAAACAUCUUUAAAAUCAAGAGACGGAAGCUCUUGCGGACGGUUUUCAAUCCGGAUCAAAUCGAAGCACUGGAGAGAAAAGACAAGAGUCAGAUAAACUGGUCAGAAGCUACCAUAAAGAAGUCGCUUGAUUUGCGAAUGUCUUGUGGCGAUGGUGGUUAUGGCUGUUUAUUGGGUUUAAACAUUCCCCUGCCAUCCUCGAACGUACUGCGAGACAAACUGCGACAUUCACCCUUCAAAAGCGGAAUCCAGGAGAAUAUAUUUGAGUUACUAAAAAACAAACUCGACAAUCCCGAGCACGAUUACGAGAGAGAUUGCGCCCUGCACUUCCGUGAAGUAGAGUUAGGUACUUACAGUCCUGAAGACAUCAACGAUUUCGGGGAAGAUCUGACGUUACUGAAACCAAACGAGGAACCCACACACGCCCUAAUUUUCAUGCUCGUUGGAGCUGCUAUCCAGUGGGAGCAGAUUGUUGCCUUUUAUUUCAUUGGGCCGACAAUCAAAGACUCGCAGCUGGAGAUUGUGCUCGUGAAAAUAAUCGAAAAGGCUGAAGAAUCCGGAUUAAAAGUGCACAGUGUAACAUCGGACAUGGGAUCAUUUCGUCGAGAAGCCUGGAGGACCUUUGACAUAACAGCGGGACGAUUUUCAGUCACUAUAAACAGUACACCUCAUCCCCGAGACGAGAGUCGCGAGCUCUGCUUUAUCGUGAAUCCCUCGGACUUGAUCAAGAGUCUGCACUGUGAAAUGAAGGACAAGAGAGUGAUACACUUUCCGGAUUCGAUUCAAGAACAGUACGAUUUGCCGGCAAGUACCGUCAAUCUGAAUAUGUUUGAAAAGCUUUUGUACACCCACGGAGAUCAGGAAAUAACGGUGAUGCAAAAGCCCGAGGAUCUCGAAACUAGAGUGACAACUGAUCCACUCUUCAAGAUCAGAGAUGAGGCAGCGUACCGAACGACAGCCUGGUUUCUCACUCUGAUUGCCAAAUGGUUUGCAAUAAUGACCUACAGAUAUCCAAACUGUCCCAUGACGAAAUACGAUGCAGAGGAGUACGAGGAGAGAUGUUCAACCCUCGAGGACAUUAUCACGAUUUUCAGGGCACUGAGAUUCGGGGAAAAUACUUCCUGGACGCCGGUGCAAACUGGUUUUGUCAUCUCGACGGCUUCACUUCUUGAACUGGCCGAAUACUACCUGGGAAAGCAGAAAUUUGAAUUUCUACUCACGACGAGAGUGACACAAGGCACCCUGGGUAAUAUAUUAUUGGCUACUAGUACCUUGAAUACAGAACAGAGUGCUUCACAAUUGAAGAAGAAUUUAAAGUCCAUCAUGGCCUUCCAGAUAUUCAAGGACUUCAAGUCAUUUGACAAUUUUAAAACGGAAGAUACGGCGGAUUAUUUGGAAGUUAUGAAACAAGAGUAACUUUUUUGUGUUUAUUCUUUUUCUACGAAUGAGAAUAUUUUGAAAAUUCGUAGCAUUAACGUUUAAAGAAUUGUCCUACCGAGGUGAUAUUUAGUUUAUCCAAUUAUAUAGUAAGUUACAGAUUGUAUUAUCAUUUGCGUGUAUUGUUUGAUGAAACAAUAAAGAACAUUUAUUAUCAAAA